AUGCAGCCGCCCAUGAUUUCCAUCGGCCUGUUCGUACUAUUGCAGAUUUCUGUCGUUGUUUGGGGCUACCAAACCCCAAAUCAUGGACACCACACCCAACCAUACACAAACCCCAACCUCAAGCCCCACGCGAUUCCUAGCGGCGGAGUAGUAGACGCAGCCAUUGUGAAUAUCAAGACCCUCUACACCGACGCCCUGUGUCUCGAGCUUCUAUUGGUCGACUGCGCUACCCACGUGACGAAGGGCGAUGAACAAGAGUGCGGCUCCAAUCGGGUAACCUAUGAUAACCACUGUCGGUUCACCCACGCAGUCUGUGAGACGCUACAGUUUACUGGCCAAAAAUUAACACUGCAAAGCCACGGCACAUGCCCUAACAGCACAGUCUCCAUCACAAUUUCGACCACAGUCUCCAACACAGCGCCGAUUGCAGUAUCCAACACCACUGACUCCUCUGGCGACAUAAUGUUCAAUCUCUUCUGCAGCAACGUCGCGUUUAUAACUUGCCCCGGUGAAUUGAAAGUAAUAUUUGGGUCGGAUAGCCAGUUCUAUCCCAAUAUGCAAGUCAUCAAAACAUGAGUACGUUGUUGGCAAUGUUUGUUUAUUAUGACAGGCUAGUAUUCGUUUUUCUUAAAAUAAUCACCCAACUCAAGGGGUUUCAACACUUGAAAUAUUCAAAACAGGUCAUUUUGUUGUUGAACAACUUUUAAAAUAGAAAACAUG